AUGGGCAACCUCCCCUCCUUUGGCCGCCGCCGGAGCGAGCUCUCGACACACUCCGACCUGACGGAGGAGAACCUCCAUGAGCACAACCAGAGGCAGGCCAUCAUCAACACCCGGAACUCCAAAUGCAGUCCUUACUACAAGGGCCUAACAGACCAAUCCCUCGCGAUAGGGCGGCGGAGGCUCAGGGUCUCGAGCCCAGGGCGGGAGAGCAGCGCAACGACCAUGCGCACCUCCUCGACCUCGCUCUCGUCCUUCGUGGUGAAGAUGAAGGGGUGGCGCUCCCGCUUCAAUAAGAACAACAAGAGGAUGAAGAAGGAGGAGCAGCCCGCCUCUUAUCACCGCCCGGUCGCAGGGAGGACCAAGAAGACGACGACGCUGCUGAAGGAGAUGGGCGUGAAGAGCGUGAGCGGCCUCGACUUGAAGGGCCUCGGUGGCAGUCAAGGAGCCGUCACGGUGGUUAAUAACAACGAGAAGCCAUUGAGGGAGAGAGUAUCAGAACCGGAGUCCAAACAGACAUUGCCGAGGUUGUCGAAUGUCAAGUCCAAGCCAAAAGCUCAAGUUGGCGACCGUGCUCUGGCGAUGAGAAAACCCUAUCAAGGGAUGGUGGAGAGUGAUGACAAGGUGUUGGAAGCAGCUGAUCGAAGUCCUAACUUGCAAGACAUCAAUGGGGCUAGGAGCAAUAAGGACAAAGAGGCAAGCGCUGAUAACAUGGUGAUGGAGAAGGAGUUUGUGUGGGCGACCAAGUACAGGCCAAAGGCCUUGAAAGACUUCAUCUGCAAUAGGGACAAGGCGCUGUCUCUUCAGGGACCGAAAAGAGAUGGAGAUUGUGGCCAUUUCAUAUUUGAAGGCCCACCCGGAGUGGGGAAGAGAACCAUGAUUUGGGCAUUGCUUCGAGAAGUCUACGGUGCUGAGAAAGUACAGGCUAGGGAGGUGCUCAAGGUUUUUGACUUGAAGGGAGAAUCCCAAGGCUCUAUUGAAGUGAUUUUUUGGGAAUCACCUCAGCACGUAGAAGUAAGUGUCUCUGAACUCAAAGGGUAUGAGAAACAUGUCAUUGUGGAACUUAUUAAGGAAAACCAUAACAGAUUCUCCAAGAAAGCUCCCCAAAAUAAUGAUAUCUGUCGAGCGAUGAUAUUGUACGAAGCAGACCGGCUAUCGACAGAUGCACUGCUGUACUUAAGGUGGCUCCUGGAAAGGUACAAGCACACCAAGAUCUUCUUUUGCUGCUCCGACGCCUCGAAGCUCCAACCGAUAAGAAUGCUCUGCACCGUUGUCCAGUUGUCUCCUCCCUCAAAGGACGAGGUUGUUGAAGUGUUGGAGUUCAUAGCUAAACAGGAGGGCAUAAACCUGCCGCCCCGACUGGCGGAGAGAUUCGCGGACAGCUCCAAGAACAAUCUCCGUCAAGCGAUCCGGUCAUUCGAGGCAACCUAUCAAAAGAGGUACCCGUUGAUGGACGAUCAACCGAUAAUGACGGGAUGGGAAGAUGUCAUCGCAAUGAUCGCGAAGAAAAUAACAGAAGAGCAGAGCCCCAGACAGCUUUUCAUGAUCCGCGGGAUACUUCAAACUCUUAUUGAGCAUGAUGUGUCGGCCGACUUUAUCUUUGAGAAUCUGUUAAAAGAGCUGAUGAAGCUUUUGAGCGAGUCACUGCAAAAUCAAGUCACAUGCUUGUACCAGAACUACAAUAGGCGUGAUGAGGCACGAUACAAGAGCGACACACGGAGGCAUUUCGCCGGUGAUCCGGACAAGGAAAACGGAACGAGGUUCAACGACCCGAUGAGAAGAAAUAGCCAGGACGUUGCGGGGAUUGAAGGGCGUUAUGAAUUUGUUUGCAGGAUGUUUUCUUCUGUACUGUUGAUUCAAGAAAAACAUUACAGAAUAAGUAGAAAAGUCUUCAUCAUGUUGUCGGGUUGGGUUGUGUUCUGA